AUGCCCAUCAGCUUGUGUGCUAUUGCCUCUGAUGAGCUGAAUGCAGGGGACGGUUCUGGAGGCAGCAGCGCGGGACGCAUGCGCUGUGUGAUCUGCUACCGCGGCUUCAACUCGCGCAGCAACCUGCGCUCGCACAUGCGCAUCCACACGCUGGACAAGCCUUUCAUCUGCCGAUUCUGUAAUCGCCGCUUCAGCCAGUCAUCCACACUGAGGAACCACGUGCGCCUGCAUACGGGCGAGCGGCCCUACAAGUGCCAGGUCUGUCAGAGCGCCUACUCCCAGCUGGCAGGACUCCGGGCCCACCAAAAGAGUGCCAGGCACCGACCGCCCCCGGCCUCACUGCAGCCCCACUCCCCGCCCUUGGCAGUGCCACACUCAGCCACCUUGACGCACCACAUUCCCACCAUGGUGCUGUGA